AAUUCAUUCCCAUUGUCACAAGACAAAACAGGUAAGCAAAAGAGCAAGGCAUGAUUGAAGGAUUUCAAUGAAUAGUAGUAGUAAACCAAGAAAAAAACAGAAGCAUCCUGGAAAUCUUUUGAACAAAAGAUGGGUAUGUCUCAAGACAAUCUAAGAGGGUUUAUUUUGGCAUUGCUGUCCAGUGGGUUUAUUGGAGCAAGUUUUAUCAUUAAAAAGAAAGGUCUUAGAAGAGCUGCUGCCGUUUCUGGUGUUAGAGCUGGUUAUGGUGGAUAUGCAUAUCUUUUGGAGCCUUUAUGGUGGUUGGGCAUGGUCACAAUGAUUGUUGGAGAGGUUGCAAACUUUGUCGCUUAUGCAUUUGCUCCAGCAAUUCUUGUUACUCCUCUUGGUGCAUUAAGCAUUAUUGUAAGUGCUGUCUUGGCUCACUUCAUGUUGAAGGAGAAGUUACAUCAGCUAGGGGUUUUAGGAUGCGUUAUGUGUAUCUCAGGUUCGGUCAUAAUAGUUAUCCACGCACCACAAGAGAGCCCUAUCACUUCUGUUCAGGAGAUAUGGGCUAUGGCUACACAACCGGCAUUUUUACUCUAUCUGGGCUCAGUUAUUGUAUUGGUCGUCCUUUUGAUCUUAUAUUUUGCACCAAGAUGUGGGCAUACAAAUGUGUUGGUUUUCACUGGCAUUUGUUCAUUAAUGGGAUCUCUCUCGGUGAUGAGUGUUAAAGCCCUUGGAACCGCACUCAAACUAACCUUUGAGGGAAAGAACCAACUAGUUUACCUGGAGACAUGGUUCUUUAUGUUCAUUGUCGCUACAUGUGUCAUUAUACAAAUGAAUUAUCUCAACAAGGCCCUUGAUACGUUCAACACUGCAGUUGUGUCCCCUAUUUAUUAUGUCAUGUUCACAUCGCUUACAAUCAUUGCCAGUGUCAUUAUGUUCAAGGAUUGGGACGGCCAAAACACAGGAAGCAUCAUAUCUGAACUAUGUGGCUUCAUUGCUGUGCUUUGUGGUACCAUUCUGUUAAACUCAGCCAAAGACUCUGAUAGAGGUUCUUCCUUCAGAGGUGAGCAUGCACCUCUAUCCCCUACAUUGUCUACCGGACUCUUCAGUGGUAACCGUGAAACUCUGAAGCAUGAUGAAGAAAAUGAGCUAUCGCCUGAUGAUAUUUGUUUGAGGAAGCAAGAACCGUACUAAGAUGGCUAAAUUAGUAAAUUGGGAGUAUAAACACAUCUAACAUUUUGUGUGCUAUAAGUGCCAAGGUGAAAUCCAAGUUUCAAGAAUCCUUAGACGGUAACAGAGAUGAUUUUGCAAGUAUGAGUCCUGGUUGCACUAGACAAGAAACAAAGUGACUGAAACUACUUAAACAGCUGGGCUUGGAUUUCAUUGUUAAUCAUGUGCAGUACCGGGAUGCUACAAGCUUGGAGAGUGAAUUUGUGGGUGAUGGUGCUUGAAAGGGUGACAUUUUCAAUUGAAAAGCUCAGCAGAUAUGGGUGCUGAAGGAGACCUCAGACCUGGAUUUUGGCAAGGAAGGUGGGUUUCUGAGAUUGUUGAAAAUUUUAAUUAGGUAGGACAGCAGGAAGAAAGGUAUGCUUGUAGAGUAUGAUACAUAUGGAUAAAUCAAAUGUAGUGUCUAAGAUUAAUUGGAUUUAAAUUGUGGUUGUUGACGUGAUUUAGUUGCAAUGCAAACAUAAUGGAUAUUAUGUGGUAA